CACAGAGUUUCACAUGCAGAUGACUCUCAAACUGUGCAAUUUGACCGGCAGCUUCUCUCUUCCUCUCCUAUACAACUCUCUUCUUUUUGGUAUGACUUUUGCUCUCCUCUUUCUCUGUCUCUUGCAGGGCAGAAAGGAGGUGCUCUAGUCUCCACUCUUCACUCUACAGUCACCAUGGAGACCCGUACAUCUGCUCCCUCCUCACUAGGAUCCUGACAAAGGUAUACCAGCCACUCAAUGCGAUCCUGAACUCGUGGAUAUUUGACGGAGAAUUAGUCGACCAUUUCUCAGAGUUCAUCGUUUCGUGCGACCUCUCGUCGAAGCCGGAGAAACUGUGGAGGUCAAAGUACAAGUUGAGAAAGGCCAUGGUUCCUUCUUUCAUAUCAGAAGAUUUGGCAAAGAAAAUUCUGAUAAUUGGGAAGUCCAUCAAUUUCCUUCGGCAGGUGUGUCAUGACCACACACCCCUCUGGAGCCCUUCACUUCGUCUCUGGUUCACCACUGAGAGUGGGGAGGUAACGUUCUCCUCCAUGACUGGAUCAUCUCUGCAGUCAGUCGUGGCUCAAACCUACACAGAGACCAGCAGACAUCUACUCCAAAUAAUGAACACCAAGUACAGUUUUGGGAAACAUCUCCAGGCUAUUCGGAAGUAUCUGUUGCUGGGACAAGGGGAUCUCAUAAGACAUCUUAUGGACCUUCUGGCCCAGAGCUCGUCGAAACCAGCCGUAUCUCUCUACCUCCAUAACCUCACCGGGACACUAGAGACGGCAAUUAGGGCCACCAAUGCCCAGUUUGAGGACCCGGACAUCUUGAAACGUCUCGACGUUCAGAAACUGGAACCGAGUCUGCAGGAUCAGGGCUGGGACGUGUUCUCUCUACAGUACCACGUGGACGGCCCCAUCAGCACUGUGUUCACAGCGGAGAACAUGCUGACGUAUCUGAAGGUGUUCAACUUUCUCUGGAGAGCUAAACGAGUCCAGUACUACCUUUCUCACGUCUGGAACGAACAGACGGCCCACUAUCGGUCACUUCAGUCCAUACCCGAUGCAUAUUGUAACAGUGUGUAUUGGCAGGUGAUGGAGUGUAACUGGGACAGUCUACUGAAGAAAGUUAGAGAAGCAGAAGACUUGGAUCAGAUCAUCUCCGCACACGACACGUUUCUCCAGCAAAUCACCUCGCAGAGUCUUCUCAACACUGACGGACAGCCACUGCUGAGUCUGCUGAGGAUGCUAUUUGAUCUGAUCAUAUCGUUCAGAGAGAAGCAGACAUCGAUGUUGGCCACAGCCCUGGGGGAGGUGGAAAGACGUAGGGACUGGGACCUCCAGAGCCUCUCCAGAGAAAGACAGGGAGUGUGGGGAGUGAGGGAGAAAGAGGAGGAGGGGGAGAUGGAGAUGAGAGCCAGUUUUGCCGAGGAAACUGUCCCGAAGCUUCACUCGGAGUUUGCCGUCCUCUACGACCUCUUCAAGGACAAGGUGGUGGAUUUCAUGCACAAGUUGACGGCCCACUCAGAGCAGAAGCUGCGCUUUCUCUGUUUCCGACUGGACUUCAACGAAUUCUACAGCUCCAGUUCCAGUGAACUCCGUAGCACGUCCUUCAUCAGGAAGAUGAAAUAG